UGCUGAGCCGUAGCAUUGAGCAGAUCUCAAAUGCCAACGGGAGUCGUCUUUACGUAACGCCGGAGAAGAUGAUUGUUUGCAUCGCCGUUGUCGGUCACCAGAACAACCCAUUGUAUCUGCAGAGCUUCACGGAGGCAGAUGACGCUCUCAAGCUUCUUCACAUCGUGCACUGCUCCUUAGACGUCAUCGAUGAAAGAGUGAAUAAUCCCAAAAAAACUGGGACUACAUUGAAUGAGACAUUUCUUGGCCUUCUUUAUCCAACUGAGAAUUAUAAAGUAUAUGGAUAUUUGACUAACACAAAGGUGAAAUUUAUUUUGGUCACAAGUGAUCUAGAUGUCAGAGAUGCAGAUAUUAGAAAUUUUUUUAGGAGGUUCCACUCGGCAUAUGUGGAUGCAGUCUCAAAUCCAUUUCAUGUUCCAGGGAAGAAAAUAACCUCUAGAACAUUUGCUGAGAGAGUCAGUAACAUUGUCAAGACUUUUGGGUUGAGUUCGGCUGCUUAAGGAGUUCUUCCGGUGUGCAAGGUUAGUCCUUAUUGGUUCUAUUUUGUGGGGGCAGUCGAGAUCAAACAAUAUCAAAAACUAGUGAUUCAUCUUUUUUCCGUUUGUUAUUUUUCUGUCUCUUUACCAUCAUUAGAAAGUCAAGGUAAAGUGAGGUGUAAUUAAUUUUUUACAUUUUAGCAGAUUGUACUACCACUCUUUUUUCAUUUGCUGUAUGGAUUCAAUAGUUCUUGCUGAAUUGUGUUGGAUCGUCUUGCCAUGUUCA